CUCGUCCACCGACUGAUGAUGCAAAUCGCCGUCUGCAAAAUACACGGGCAUCCAACGGCUGAGAAUCAAUCACAAAAGAUCACGUGUGCCGUCGAUCUACUUGACCACACAUCUGUGAAUGAAUCUAGCCCAGAAUACGACCAAAGGGCCACUCGAUCCUCGCCUAUAAACACGGCCCAUCCCGGAACACAACACCCCAUACUCGCAGAUCCAACACAACUUUCUCUCUCUAUAGAAAGCUCAACUCUUUCUCUCUCUACAAGCUUAAACAAAAUGGAGACUUUCUUAUUCACCUCUGAAUCUGUGAAUGAGGGACACCCGGACAAGCUGUGUGAUCAGAUCUCUGAUGCAGUGCUUGAUGCCUGCCUAGAGCAAGAUCCUGACAGCAAGGUUGCCUGCGAGACUUGCACCAAGACCAACAUGGUCAUGGUCUUUGGAGAGAUCACGACCAAGGCCAAUGUAGACUAUGAGAAAAUUGUGCGUGACACAUGCCGUGGGAUUGGAUUUGUUUCAGAUGAUGUGGGUUUAGAUGCUGACAAUUGCAAGGUCCUUGUCAACAUUGAGCAGCAGAGCCCUGAUAUUGCCCAAGGUGUCCAUGGUCAUCUCACAAAGUGGCCCGAGGAGAUUGGCGCUGGUGACCAGGGUCAUAUGUUUGGCUAUGCCACGGAUGAGACCACUGAACUGAUGCCUCUCAGCCAUGUUCUUGCAACCAAGCUUGGUGCCCGCCUAACUGAUGUCCGUAAGAACGGCACCUGCCCGUGGCUGAGACCGGAUGGUAAAACCCAAGUGACUGUUGAGUACCACAAUGACAAUGGUGCCAUGGUUCCAAUUCGUGUCCACACCGUCCUCAUUUCCACUCAACACGACGAGACUGUCACAAAUGAUGAGAUUGCUGCUGAUCUCAAACAGCAUGUCAUCAAGGAUGUUAUUCCUGAGAAGUACCUAGAUGAGAAGACCAUCUUCCAUCUCAACCCAUCCGGUCGCUUUGUCAUUGGUGGACCUCACGGUGAUGCUGGUCUAACUGGCCGCAAGAUCAUCAUCGAUACUUAUGGUGGGUGGGGUGCUCAUGGUGGUGGUGCCUUCUCAGGUAAAGACCCCACAAAGGUGGAUAGGAGCGGAGCUUACAUUGUCAGGCAGGCUGCAAAGAGCAUUGUAGCGAAUGGCCUUGCUCGGAGGUGCAUUGUCCAGGUUUCUUACGCCAUUGGUGUUCCGGAGCCAUUGUCUGUUUUCGUAGACACAUACAAGACUGGAGAGAUUCCCGACAAAGAGAUUCUCAAGAUUGUGAAGGAGAACUUCGAUUUUAGGCCCGGGAUGAUCGCCAUCAACCUCGAUCUCAAGAGGGGUGGGAAUGGCAGGUUCUUGAAGACUGCAGCCUAUGGGCAUUUUGGCAGGGAUGACCCCGACUUCACAUGGGAAAUUGUCAAGCCGCUCAAGUGGGACAAGGCUCAAGCUUAAAAUGCCAAUCUGGAUGUUAUCACUUCUGUCUCUCUACCCUUGGUUGCGCUUUAAUGUGUUUUUAUUUUUAUUUUUGGGUUCUAUUUUUUUUUAUUUUCUGAUUAAAGAAAAUUGAUAUAAUUUGUUUUUUGGCUUAAGGGGUGGUGAGGGUGAAGCCUUGAAGGGGAAGUGAAUAUUGUGAUUUGUCUCUAUAUGUCAUUCUUAAUGAGAGAGAAUAAUCCUCAUGAGAGUAAUGGGUUACCAUUUUGAUUGUUUACAAUGAAACAAUUGGGAAUGAUUUAAUUUUAAAAUUCCAAAUGGAGCUGUUCAUUUUCUCA